AUGACCAUCUUUCAAUCGACCAGACAGCCAAUCUCUAUUCCUGAUAUUGACAUUUAUUCCUUCUUAUUCAGUCCAAACCAAUUCAAUAGAACACGCUCUCCUGAUCGUCCCUUAUUAAUUGAUGGUGUGACUGGUAAAACAUUAUCAUUCAAGCAAGUCAGAGCAUUGACAAGCAAGAUUGCACUUGGAUGGAAAGAAAAUAUUGGAUUAAGCAAAGGCGAUGUCAAACACUUGUUAACUCAUGCCUUCUCGUCCCAUAUAGCUGAAUUUAGCCAUCAAAUACAAAAAUCAGAAGCAAAAGCCAUUGUGACAAUACCUGCACUUCUUCCUGUUCUACGAAAAGUCGCUAAAAAAGCAAAGAUCCCAGAAAAUCGAAUCUUUUUAUUUGGUAAUCAGACCGUUGGCCAUGCUCUUCCCUUUACUUUGAUUGCUUCAGACCAUCACAGCCUUAUUCAACUUCCUAUCGCCAAUAUGAACCCAGCAGAGGACUUGGCUUUCAUUUGUUUUUCGAGCGGAACGACAGGUGUUGCCAAAGGUGUGAUGCUCACCCAUCGUAACUUUGUAUCGCAAAUACUCACUGUCUCUGACUUUGAAGGGACAGACAACAAUCAAGAAGACGACCUCUUGAUUGGAUUUCUGCCCUUUUAUCAUAUUUUUGGAUUGACAACGCUUGUUCUUCGUGCUUUUUACUCUAAUACACCUGUGGUUGUUGUGCCCAAAUAUAACCUUGAGACAGUCUGUCGAUUGAUUGAGAAAUACAGGAUUACAAUUGCACCUAUUGUGCCUCCAGUCGCACCACUAGGUAUUGAGCACAUUGAAGCGCUUCAUUUACGUGUCAAGGCACCUGUCAGACAAGGUUAUGGUCUCACUGAAACUACAGCAGGCUGUAUGUAUCAAAAGAUCGGCAAAAGCCCUGCAGGUGCUUCUGGUGUAUUAGUUGCCAAUAUGGAAUGCAAACUAGUGGAUCAAGAAGGCAAUGAAGUCGGUCCUGAUCAGCCUGGUGAAAUUCUUUUUAGAGGACCUAUGGUCAUGAAAGGCUACUUGAAUGAUGACAAAGCCAAUGCAGAAACAUUUACAAAAGAUGACUGGAUGAGAACAGGCGAUGUGGCUAUAUACGACUCAAAGUCGGGCGAGUUUUAUAUCAUUGAUCGCAUCAAAGAACUGAUCAAAUACAAAGGAUACCAAGUGGCACCAGCAGAACUCGAAGCGUUGUUGAUGAGCCAUAAAAGUGUGGCGGAUUGUUGUGUGGUUGGUGUGUAUGAUCCUAUCCAAGCAACUGAGCUGCCAAGAGCUUACAUUGUGCUUCAGCCUUCUGUACUUGAUAAUCAGUCUACUUUAAAAAUGAUGUCCGAGUUUGUGGAUGGUCAAGUUGUGAGCUACAAAAGACUAAGGGGUGGAAUUCGAUUUAUUGAUCAGGUGCCCAAGAGUGCAAGUGGCAAAAUCCUCAGGAGACAAGUUAGAGAAUGGGUAAAAAAAGAGCAACAACAGGAACAUGAACGCGCUCGUAUCUAAUAAAAAUAAAUGCUUUAAUUACAAGACGGUCUUUGUGACGGUUGAAUGUCAUGUCCCCAAACAAUAGAGCUCCGAAAAAAGUAUAAAAGAAAAGCAAAACGAGACUUGAAGUUCUUUAUACUUACCUGGGUCGUGUAUCUGGGAUCAAGAAUACCAGAUAUACAGCGAGAAUGGUUGUCAUUGCACAGCGACGGCUAUUUUUGCUGCGAACAUCCUUCGGGACGUCUCGAGAUCAAAAUUUUUGUUUGGGGGGAAUACGUGGUUCGCCGCGCGUUCCCCUGCCUUGUCUAAAGAAAAUGAAAAAUUACCUAGAAAGUCUUUAUCUCCUAGUUCGCACGAGCACGUGAUGAAUAUGUUUUUUCCACGGUCUAAUCUAGAUGACAUUUCUAAUUUGUCUUUUCUCU